UCUUUCACUAUAUUGAUUAUAUAUUUGAAAUAUUUUUUGUGCAUUUUAAAAAAUGUCUUCAUUAUUUUAAGAAUAAAAUUUUAGCAUAAUUUAUUCUGUAUAUUGUUAAGUAUGUUUAGUAUUUUUGAUAUUAUAGUAAGAUUGUAAUAUUGGAGUAAUUUAUUGUAAUAUAUAAUCAUGCUUAACGUUUUUGCAUUUUAGGUUUAUUAUGUUCUGUUAAUUUUCAUUUAUGGUCAUUUCUAAGAUUUAUUUAUUUGUUUUGAAGAUUUUAACACAAACACUGAAUGAUUUUAUCCUCUAUGUUGUCAUGUGGCAUCAUUUCCACCGGUGGGCGCUGCUCUGAUCACAUGACCUGAGAAGAUCAACCACAUCACAGCUGAUCAGACCUUUUUAUUUUAAAUAAAUGACAGUGCGUCACUCUCUCAUCUGUUCCUCCUUCCUCUGUCAUUCUGCUGCUGCUUCUCUGUAAAGGAUCAACAACAUACAGGCUCCGCCUCCUUCAUGAUUGGUUUGAAAAUGGCUGCCAGCAGGUGAACAUGAUGUCCCACUCUGAGAGCCCGCCUUCUUCUUCUGUGGUGGAUGUUUCAUCACAGUGGAGGCUCCUCCUCCUCCUUCUGAUCCUUCUGUUACCUGGCCUGGUGAUGACAUCAUCACCGCGGUCCGUGGCCCUGUGGCACCGCAGCAACAAGCUGUCCAACAUCAACGUCUGUCACUGGUCUAAGAUGGCAGACGGAACUCUUACGGUGCGCUGCAAUGGAUUCAGACUGACGGAGGUACCUGUCGGCCUGACCAAUCGCACCACUCGUCUGUUUCUUAACAAGAACUUGAUCAGUUCUCUCCCGGCUGAUUCGUUCUCUGACCUCUUCUUGCUCAAUGAACUCGACCUGUCACACAACCAGCUCUCCUUCCUGGAAGUCGGUUGUUUCAAUGGUUUGGCGUCCUCUCUUCGCUUCCUGGACCUGUCGUCCAAUCAGCUGUCAUUGUUGGAUCCGGCAGUGUUUGAUGGGCUGCAAGUUAUCGCGACUCUCACACAGAACCCGUGGCACUGUGACUGCAGAAUGCAGCUGUCGAUGCCUCGGUUGGAUCUGGACUCUGCCUCUCUGGCUGAAGUCAUCUGUCAGACCUCUGACCUCCCAAACCUCGGAGCUGUUGGUCUGCCGAUGCUGUUGCUAAUGGAAGACUGGGAUCUGUGUCGUUCUGUGAGGAGAACCCAUGACUUUCUGGCGCUGGUCACCAUGUUCCUCUGGUUCUUCAUGCUCAUCUCCUACCUGAUCUACUACAUCCGGGAGAACGAGGCUGUCGCUCACCAACACCUGGAGUACCUCAAGUUCCUGGAGAUCCUGCAUCCUGCCUGUAAUUGAAAUGCAUAAGGAACUCCCCAAGGACUCCUGGGAUCUUUCCAAAGAACAAUAGAGCAUCUCUACAACUCCUUCAUGACUGGAACUCCCUUAAGUACCUGUAGAAACCGGUAACCUAUUAACAAAUGACCAGCUCCACUUUACGUUCCAAAGAAUUCCGAGAAUGUUCUGAAGACCCUUUCGAAAUUCCACAAGGAGCUUUAUAUCCUAACCAGAGCUCAUAGAACCACAUGGAAGACUCACCAAGGACUGACUGGAGAAGCUCAAAGACUGGGAUCUCUACAGUGACACCUGAAACAUCCUCAAUAUACAAUAGAGCUUCUCUACAACUUUAUCAACAAUUCCUAGAAUCUCCUCGGGGACACUAGGUCUUUCUGAAACAAACCUACAGCCUUCUAAAGAAUGAUCGGGUCCACUUCAAGGCCCAAAGUUCUUCUGCAGUCUUCUAAACCCCAUUCAGCAUUCAUAGAACCAAAUGAUGGACCUUUGAAACUGCCUCAAGUAGCUGUUAUGUUCCAGUGGGACUCAUGAAACCUCCUCCAUGACCCUUAGAUAUCGGUCAAGGAAAUCUCAAACCUAUUCAACUCUUAUAGAACCACAUGAAGAACUCAAACACCUUGUAGACCUGAAAACUACUUAUAUGGCCAUAGAUCUUUCUAAAAUAAAUCUGCAACAUUUAGGAACCUUUAAAUCUAAGGAGUUAUGAAUCCUCUUCAGGACCUUGACAACUUCUGAAACCUCCUCAAGACCUAUUAGAGGUCCUUUGCAACAUGUUGAACCUACUCACAGAACUUAACCUUCUGAAAUGUUCCUUUGGGAUUCUUGGAACCUCUUCAAUGACACUUUGAGAAUUUCUCAAGAAGAUUUGUAUCCAAUUUGAGACUUACAGAACCACAAGAGGAACUCCUCAAGGGCCUGUGAGAAUUUUUCAAAGACUGUUAGAACCAGGAACCAGAGGUAACCUAGAGCUUGAGGAAAACCCUGUAACCCUCUCACUUCACUCCAAGGUCCUUAAAUUACUUCAAGGAAUGAAAAAACCUUCUGGUGUCCCAAAAAAAAAACACAUGGAGGAUGCUAAAACCCUAGUGAAGAACCUAUUAGAGCUCCUCAGUGAUAUCUGGAAUCUCCUUUGUACCCUUUAGAUCAUGCCUGAUGAACUUUGUAUCUUUGGAAACCUGCUUGAGGACCUUCAGAUACACCUCAAAGAAUUUAAUUUCCUUCUCAAAAAUUUUCAAACGCACAACAUCAUUUGAAGGACAUCUGGAACCUUCUCAAGACCCUGACAGUUCUCCAAAUGUCUCUGAAUUCUCCACAGAACCAUGUAAAAAUUUUCUUUUUAAGAACACCAGGAACUCCCUCAGACUUUCUCAAGGACUCCUUGAAAUUCUUGAAUAACAUCGCCAGUGUGUUCAAGGACUGUUGGAACCUUUUUGGGAACCCAGAUCUUCUCCAGGUUUCCUGACACAUUAGAUUUACUCAGUCAUUCAGUGUUUCUGUCUGAUUAUUGAUCCUGUGAGAGUAAACUAAACCUUCGCUUCGUGUGUGAAAUAAAACCUCAUCAGCAGGAUUUAGUUUGUCUAUAUCGCCUCAAACGGCGAGUCAAAGUUCAGUAGAAAAUCAAUUUUCAUUCAUUUUCAUAACUGAUGUAUUAUUUAAAAAUAGUUGCUGCUUCUCCUAGAGUUUUAUAUGAUAAUAAACUGAACAUUUUGAGCUUUUAGACAGAAAAAGUUUUAAAAUGGGGAGACAGAUUUUUAACAGAAGCCAUCUUCAGAUGCAGAAAUGGAAGGAAAAAGGAUUAGUUUAUUAAAUAAAAUAAUCUUCAACGUGUACACUACCAGUCAAAAGUUUGGACACACCUUCUCAUUUAGUGGUUGUUCUUUAUUAUCAUGACUGCUUACAUUGUAGAUUCUCACUGAAGGCAUCAAAACUAUGAACACAUAUGGAAUUAUGUAGUAAACAAGAAAGUAGGGGAAUAAGUUAAAACAUGUUUUAUAUUUUAGAUUCUUUUAAAUAGCCAUCCUUUGCUUUGAUUUCUGCUUUGCACGCUCUUGGUAUUCUCUCGAUGAGUUUCAUGAGGUAGAACCUGAAAUGGUUUUCCAACAGUCUUGAAGGAGUUCCCAGAGGUGCUGAGCACUUGUUGGCCCUAUUGCCUUUAAUCUGCGGUCCAUUUUAGUUGGGUUAAUAUCUACACAACAUAAUGUAAUUAUUAAGCUUUUUUAUUAUGGGAAAUAAUUAAUUUAAAGCUAAAAUUUUGACUCUAUGAAAUAAAAAUGACAGCCCAAGACAUGCAGAGAUUCCCUGGAUCUCCUCUGA